CCACCUAGUCGAUCCAGUCUGUCAAGAGUCUGGCACUUGUUAAAAUCAUUUCAAUAUUCAUUCUCUUCAUCGCAAAAAAAUUGCUUUUUCAUUCGAAGUUAAUCAAUCAUUCAAUAUGAAGUACAUUCUUGUCACAGGGGGUGUAAUCAGUGGGGUUGGAAAAGGUGUUAUUGCCAGUUCGUUCGGUACUAUUCUUAAAAAUUGUGGGAUACACGUUACUUCAAUUAAAAUCGAUCCCUAUAUAAAUAUAGAUGCUGGUACUUUUUCACCUUAUGAACAUGGUGAAGUUUAUGUUCUUGAUGAUGGAGGUGAAGUUGAUCUCGACCUUGGUAACUACGAGCGUUUUUUAGAUGUAACACUACACAGAGAUAAUAAUAUUACUACUGGGAAGAUCUAUCAACACAUUAUAACAAAAGAGAGGCGAGGGGAUUAUUUAGGAAAGACUGUUCAAGUUGUGCCGCACAUCACUGAUGCCAUUCAAGAAUGGGUCGAAAAAGUAUCUAACAGGCCAGUAACUGAAGAUGGGGACAAACCCAUGGUUUGCGUGGUUGAACUUGGCGGUACGAUUGGUGACAUUGAGGGAAUGCCCUUCGUCGAGGCUUUUCGCCAAUUUCAAUUCAGGGUUCAGAAAGAGAAUUUCUGCGUUGCUCAUGUGUCUUUAGUGCCCCAGCCUCGUUCGUCUGGAGAGCCAAAGACAAAGCCGACACAAGCAAGUGUUCGUGAGCUUCGAGGACUCGGUCUCACCCCUGAUCUCAUUGUUUGUCGCUCUGAGAAUCCAAUUGGCGAGGCAGUCAAAGAGAAAAUUUCAAAUUUCUGUCAUGUUGCCCCAGAGCAAGUGAUAACAAUUCAUGAUUUAUCAUCGAUAUAUCGUGUACCCAUCCUAAUGGAGAGUCAGGGAGUCAUUGAGUUUUUGAACGACCGACUCCAAUUGAAUAUCGGGAGUCCCCGUCCCCGUCACUUCAUGCGAAAAUGGCGCGAUUUGGCAGACCGUAUAGACCACCUGCGUAAGGAGGUGAAUAUUUCCCUAGUUGGAAAAUACACAAAAUUGGAGGAUGCAUACGCCUCGGUAACGAAGGCCCUGCAGCACGCCUCGAUAGAAGUUGGUUAUAAGCUUCAAUUGACGUACAUCGAAGCUGCCAGCUUAGAGCCACAGACAAAGCAAGAGGACCCAGUGUUGUAUCACGAGGCCUGGCAGAAGCUCUGCAAGAGUGAUGGAGUGAUCGUCCCUGGGGGCUUCGGCAAGAGAGGCAUCGAGGGAAAAAUCGAAGCCUGCAAGUGGUGCAGAACAAAUAAAAAGCCCAUGUUGGGAAUUUGCUUAGGUCUACAGGUGGCAGUUAUCGAGUUUGCCCGCAAUGUUCUCGCCUUGGCCGAUGCAAACAGCACGGAAAUCAAUCCCAAGACAAAUCAUCCAGUGGUGAUCGAUAUGCCUGAGCACAACUCUGGGGAGAUGGGUGGCACCAUGAGGCUGGGUAAGAGGACAACCAGCUUUAAGUCUGAUACGUGUGUUGUUAAGAGGCUUUAUGGAAAUGUCGAUGGCAUUGAGGAGAGGCAUCGACACAGGUACGAGGUCAAUCCUCAGUACGUUAAUGAUUUUGAAGCUGCGGGACUCAAAUUUGUCGGUCACGAUGACGAGGGUCAGAGGAUGGAAAUCAUCGAGCUAGAAGGGCAUCCCUACUACGUUGCUACACAGUAUCAUCCUGAGUAUCUCUCCAGGCCUCUCAAACCUUCUCCUCCAUUCCUGGGAUUCAUCCUGGCUAGUGUUGGUAAACUCAAGUCUUAUCUUGCUAGAGGGUGCAGACUCUCUCCUAGACAGAUGAGUGAUAAUGACUCGGAUGAUGAGAUACUCGCUCAUGUAAUGGCCAAUACAUACGCAAAAUCCAAAACCAACAGCAAUGGACUCCAGACCAAUGGCCAUAAGGAGGAUUAAACUCCAGACACAUGCAGCAGUAUCGAGGAUGCGGGCUAGAUAGUUAGGUUUAAUAUUUUUUUUAAAUAAUCAUUAUUUCUCGGGUGCCAUUUAAUUUUUUCAUUAUACUUAUUUCAUCAUUAUCUUGUACCGGGGAGAUUUCUUUUACAAUUUCAACAAGAUUUUCAUAUGGACAAAAGUUCGAGAGGUACAAGGGCUUGAAGAGCUGUGGCAACAAUUUCGUAUGAUGUAUUUUUUGUACUGGGAUCAUGAUUUUAUAAGAGACACCAGGGAUAUUUUAUGGGUCAUAUAUUUUUCAGCAGCACUUCAAUCUAGUCUAGAGUAAUGUAAAUUUUUUUUUUUAAUUUUACAAAAUGUCUCGAAACUUAUGGGUCGAAUUAAAUAUAAUUUCUUAUUCUUUGCUUGGUUAGAAUAAAAAGUAGACAAUAAUCUUGAAUUGACCGGAAAUUUUACUGUACUGAUGUAAAACCAUCAUUAUUUAUUUUGAUAUAUUUUUUUUCAAUCGCAGACUCGAAGAUAUCAUAUAUCAUUGUAGGGAAGUUGGUUGUCCGGUGAUGCAUUUAAUUGCAUGAUUACUCGUUGAUUAUUUCAUUUCCGUGAAAUCCAGAUUUGUCAAAGAUCGGAAAACGUGGAACAUGUGAAAGGCGUCUUGCAGUACAAAAUUACUGGUUUAUUACAUUUUUUUUGUAUCAUUAUAAAUAAUUAUAAAUAUUGUUUAUAUACAAUUCA